CUCACGCGUUUAAAUAAAAUAAUUUUAACAUUCUUGUCUUGUCUUCUUCUGAUAUUGUUCUUUCUUGGGUUCCAUUUUCAUCAACCUUCCGCAUUUCUUUCUUAUCUUAAAAUUAACUAGUUUGACAUAGUUAUUCUAAUGGCUGCUUCAACAUCAUCAUCUGAAUACGCUUACCAUGUCUAUUUAAGCUUUUGUAGUAAUGAUACUGGCAAGAAUUUCAGCGACCAUCUUUAUGCUGCUUUAGAGCAGUCAGGGAUUCACACAUUCAGAUGUGAUUAUGGGAUUGAGAGUGGAGAGAUUAAUGAUGCUGAGUGUCAAAAAGCAAUGCAAAAUUCGAAAAUAUGUUUAGUUGUGUUUUCAAAAUGUUACGCCUUUUCGGUAAGGUGUCUUGAGGAACUUGUAACCAUGAUGGAGCUGAAGGAAACUGGAGCUGCUGUUAUUCCUGUUUUUUAUGAUGCAGAUCCUGACCAAGUGUGGGAUCAGUCUGGGAGCUAUGCUGAAGCAUUUGCUAGGCAUGAGACGACGGAGGAGACGAAAAAGGUCGAGAAAUGGAAAGCAUUGCUCAGAGAGAUUACGAAUUCGAGUGGGAUGAACUUGGACCAAAGGCAUGAGGCAGAAUUUAUCCAAUAUGUUGUCGAAAUAGUUCAGGACAGGCUGGAUCAAUAUGUUUUACUGCCUGUUCCGUCCUAUGUAGUUGGGAUAGAAUCUCGUGUAAGAGGUAUUAAUUUAUGGUUACGAAAUGGAUCGCCUGAUCCUUCCAUAGCAGUAAUCUAUGGCAUUGGUGGUGUUGGAAAGACAACUAUUGCUAAGACGGUUUAUAAUCUAAAUUUACAUAGAUUUGAAGGCAGUUGCUUUCUUGCAAAUGUCAGAGAAGCUUCAAAACAACCUGAUGGUAUUAUCCGCUUGCAAAAGCAACUUGUCAAAAAGUUUCUAAAUAUAAAGAAAAACAAAAUAGAUUAUGUAGAUGCAGGUAGUGUUAAGGCCAAUGAUGCGGUAAGCUGCAAAAAAGUUCUUAUUGUUCUUGAUGAUGUGGAUCAACCGGAUCAGUUGGAGGCAAUUAUGGGAACAUGGGACUCGCUUAAGAAGGGGAGUAGAAUGAUCAUAACAACUAGACAUGAGCGGCUUCUCGAUCCUCAUGAGAUUCACAAGAAGUUCAGAGUUAAAGAAUUGGAUGAUAACGAGUCACUUCAGCUCUUCAGUUGGCAUGCAUUUCGACAAAAUCAUCCUAUCGAAGGCUAUGAAGAGCAUUUAGAGACUGUAAUAAGGUACUGCUGUGGGGUUCCAUUAGCUCUUGAAGCUAUGGGUUCUUAUCUUUCUGUCAAAUUCGCAGAUGAAUGGGAAAGCGAAUUAGAGAAGUUUAAAGCAAUUCCACACAGCAAAAUUCAAAAGAAUCUCAAAAUAAGUUAUGACUCUAUACAAGAAGAUCACUAUAGAAAAAUAUUUCUUCACAUAGCCUGCUUCUUCAUCGGAAGAGAUGCAGAUUAUGCAGUUAAAAUUCUUGAUGGUUGCGAGUUCCAUACAAAAGUUGGAAUAGACGAUCUCAUUGAUCGAAAUCUUCUUGAAAUCAACAAGGAUAACAAACUGAUGAUGCAUCCUUUGCUUAGAGACAUGGGAAGGGAAAUUAUUCGUCAAGAAUCGCCUGAUCAUCCUGGCUCGCGUAGCCGAGUCUGGCAUCACGAGGAGGCAUUGACUGUCUUAAGAGAAAAAAUUCAGGGUACAGAAGCUAUUGCAGGCCUCGCUCUCGACUUGCAUAUAGUUAUGCAAGAGCAAGAGCAUGGGAUUUCCUGUAUAAAUUGUGCAAAGCGAAAAUAUUAUGAAGACCUGAUUUCCAGAUACAGGGAAAACCAACGUUUUCUUGGUUUCUUCACCCGAAAACCUGCUGAGGUGAACCUGCUACCUUCAUUUCCCUUCUCAAAUGUAGUUAUCGAUGCAAAGGCGUUUGCGAAGAUGCGUAAACUGAAACUGCUCCAACUCAAUUAUGUAAAAGUAAAUGGAGGAUUUGAACAUUUUCCUAAAUAUUUAGUAUGGUUAUGUUGGCACGGGUUCCCUUUGAAAUUUAUACCAUCCAAUUUAUGCUUGGAGGAUCUUGUUGUUCUUGAUAUGCGCUAUAGCAAUCUAAAACAUGCUUGGUAUGGAGCCAAGGUUCUACUGCAACUGAAAGUUCUUAAUCUCAGUCAUUCCUACGACCUUGUCAGCACCCCUGACUUCUCAGGGCUGCCUAACCUCGAAAGCUUGAAGCUAAAAAGCUGCCUAAAUUUGGUUGAGGUUCAUGAAUCUAUUGGCAACCUCAAGAAGCUUGUUUACUUAAACUUGAAAGACUGCAAAAGGCUUAUGAAAUUUCCAAGAAGAAUAAUAAUGUUGAAAUCGCUCGAGGAGCUUAUUCUUUCUGGUUGCUCACAGCUUGAUAAGCUCCCUAAUGAACUUACGGAAAUGGAAUCACUUAAGGUGCUUCAUUUAGAUGGCAUAACACAAUUUACAACUAAAUCACAGGAAUCAAUCUUCUGGUCAUGGUUGGCACUAAGGCAAGGCAUUGAGUCCUCUUUUGCACUGAGUUUGAUACCUCAAUCCUUAGAACGCCUUAGUCUUGCGGAUUGUAAUCUAUCAGAUGAUGCUGUUGCCGAUGAACUUGGUUACUUCUCCUCCUUGAAACAUUUAAAUUUAAGUGGAAACUCAAUUUCUUGCUUACCUGAAACCAGUAACCGCCUUGUUGAACUCGAGUCUCUCGUAUUAGAUAACUGCAAAAAUCUGCAGUCACUUUCGGAACUUCCAACAAGUCUGAGGCGAUUGAGUGCAGAAAAAUGCACGUCGCUAGAAAGAAUUGCAAAUCUACCAAACUUGAUGAGAUCAUUAUUGUUAAACCUUGCUGGUUGUGAAAAGUUAGUUGAGGUUCAAGGCUUAUUCAAGUUAGAAUCAUUAAAUGAUCACUACAAGGUUUUGGGCAGUAAGUUGGAGUUGUUCCACUUAGAACCUGAGGAGGUUAAAGUCGAAAUGGCUAAUGUCAUUACAACGACAUCAAGGAUUUCUCCUCCGCAGGUCUUACGUGAAUGCGGUGUAUAUAGCAUUUUUAUUCCAGGGAGUGAGGUUCCAAGCUGGUACAGCUCUCGAAGUGAGAGGUCAUCGGCUUCUUUUACCGCAUCUCAAGGCUGCAAGGUCAUUGGUUUAAACAUAUGCACCGAGUACACAUGCAAUGAUCUAAGAAAUGGAUAUGGUGAUCAACAUUACCUUAAGAUCUGGAAUAAAACCAAGGAUCUAAAAUUGACCUACAGUCCAACAUUUUACGGAAUUCCUGAAAAGGACGAGAGAAUGCAAUGGUACAGCCAUAUCAAGUUAAGAGAUGAGGUGGACGGUGGGGAUGAACUAAACGUUUCCGUCAUUUUGUCAACUGGUUAUGAUGUGAAACAGUUUGGCAUUCAUCUUGUGUAUGAACAGAGAAAAGAUGAGUCAGAACUUGACAGUGAAGAAACAGAGGACCAUGUGGAGAUGUAUAGGAUAGGAAGGGGUGAAUUUUUUCUUUGCAAUCAUGGUUUUCUGAUCCAUCAAGCAUUAACAGAAGGUGGUUGUGAUAGUUUGAGGCAGUACAGUUAUUUAUUUGAGCAAUAAGCAGAAACUGGAUACAUCCAAUUCAUUUUGUUGAAAAUGUAGGGAAAUUUUAGGAUAUAGUUUCUGAUAGUUAUGCAAUAAAGCUGAUACAAUAAAUAAAUACAUUUUGAAAGAUAUAAUAUUGGGAGCUUUUCUGAAAAAAAUUCUGAUUUAA